UCUCUCUGACUCUGAUUCUCUCUGCUUCUACUUGUUCCUUCUCUCCAUUUAUACAUUUCUUCUCCAAUCCUUCUUCUCGAGUUUCUACGGCCAUAUUCCUCCAGAACAGAACAAACAAGGCCAGCUAGUAGUUUGUGCUCCGCUGGCGUAUAGAGAUUUUGAUUACAAACCAUACUGAUUGCUCAAGGCAGUUAGGGAAGCUUCCAUGAGCCUGCAAAAUGUAUCAAAGUCGAGCAGUGCCCUUGAUGGUAUCCAUGGGGUUCAUGUCGUGUCUCAUUCACCCUUCUCAUUUGAGAAGACAACUCAAGUUGGUGACUUUGGGACUAACACCAAAUCCUCCGUCAUGGAAUCAAAUCAGCGACUGUCCAUCGAACGUUUUUGGCAACAAAGACCUCCAUGCCUAAGACCAAUCUGUUGUAGCAUUCGCGGUGACCAGAGUGUCUUAGAAACAGCUGCUAAUGUGGCUACUUCACUUCCUUUUAUAUUCCUCGGCAUGCAGGCACCAAGGAAGAACCUGAACACAAAGGUGUACGCAAACUCCCUAAUUGGAGUAGGAAUAGCGUCAAGUCUGUAUCAUGCCUCUAGGGGAAAGUUGAGGAAGUACCUGAGAUGGGUAGAUUACACAAUGAUAGCCACAACUACAGUAUGUCUCUCAAGGGCUCUAAGGAACGAGAACCCAAAGUUUCUGAUGGCUGCUUCAGCUUUAGUUCUACCUUUUCAGCCUCUUAUGGUCUCUGCAGUUCACACUGGAAUGAUGGAGGUCGCAUUUGCUAAAAGAAGCUUAAAGGAUCCAGACCUCAAAACAGCUCAUAACGUACACAAAAUGUCUUCAUUACUAGGAGGUGCUCUGUUCAUAGCCGAUGAUUUCUUCCCCGAGACACCUUUCCUUCACGCAGGUUGGCACCUCGCUGCAGCCAUAGGAGUUGGAACAUGCAAUAAGCUACUCGAGUAGAUUAAGAAUUCCAAAACUGCUAUGGAA